CACACCGGUCGCAGCCAUGUAUUCGUCACAAGAUAGCUCGGGCUAUGAGGGGCCCAGUAACGGCACGGAACAAUUCUCAUCGUUCUUGCUGGGGACCGCGCACGCACAGAAUCGGUCGGAGGAAGGCGGCAUGCUGGUACAAAUCCCAACGCUCGGGGGCCCAAACUCGGGACCGCUUGACGCGAAGUGACGCGUACUUGACACCGCCACCUUAGCUUAUAACCUUUGCAAAUCACGGAACUGAGCACUGCGCUCACCAUCGCUCAAGAGGUUGGCAAGCUUGAUCGAAGGUCUGAAGGCAGCUGAAUUUGGGAUCGCGAAAAUGAAGAUCUUCAAGGCACAUGACGGGCAGACCAUCGAGGUCAAUCAGGCUUUCAAACAGUUUCAUACUCUCGAGGAUCUGGUAGACUGCUUUUCUCUUGCGACAGGGACGAUUGCGGACUCGAUCAUAUGCAUGACUGACCAAGGUCAACAAUUGAACGAAGAUGUUUUCCAACUGCUCCUGGGUCAUACCGAGGAGUCCGCAACAGAUGCUGAGUUCUUCAUUUUCAAUCGCGAUUAUCUAUACGCGGAACCAGACGUCCUGGCUCAGGACAUGGCAGAGCAGGUAGUGAUCGAGCCGCCAGUUGAUGCCUUUGAAGUGAUCCACCCGCCAACGCCCCGCUCAUUGGAGGCUUUGAUCGCAUGGAGCAAUGCAACGACAAUGACGAUCUACAGUCACACCUCCCACGCUCAACAGCUCUUCUCGCACGUACAAGUCAUUCGGCGCAGCAUGCAUAUUGCUCUACUCAAUCUGCUACUACAUGCUUCGAGCAUUGAGAGAGGCUCGGAUGCCCUGAGUAAAACAGCGGCAAAGGAACUUGACCGUAUGCAAGGCUUGAUUGAAGGGCACGAACGAGACUUACAAGUCCUCAACAUGGUCCCCGUCAACCAAGCCUUGCUUCCACCUUCCAACAGCGAUUCAUCAAAGUCUGCAAGGACGGAGCGCACACUCGGCUAUUGGAUCAAUCCGAACAAGAUGAAAGCGGUCGCAGAUUCGUGCACCAGGUUGUACAACGAGCUUCGCGACCGCGUUUCGCAGCUGGAAGCAGACGUGCGGAAGCUCAACGAGCAGACUACCUUUUUGCAAGAGGACGCAGAACCAGGUGCAUCUCAAUUUGCCACGGAGACCUUGGAGGAAUCCCUUCAAGCUUCCGCACGCGCCGAGGAGCUCGCCACCUUCAUCGAACAGGAAUGCUCACCGGACGCUCAUGGAUGGCCCGUAGCAGACAAGCUUGAUAAUGCGACCUUCGAGAAAAUUGCGGCUGGCGCCCAAGAGAUCCUUCUGCUGGAUGAGGUAGCGCGAGAAUGUGUCCGAAGACUGACGGCAGAGCUGAACGAAGCGCGGUAUCGAGGCUUGGACAUUCUAAAUCGCAUUAGUGUGCUUCAAUCCGAGUAUGCUGACUUUGGCGCUGCGCUCGCUGCUGUCGACUCGGACUUUCGCUCUAAUAAAGUCGACGGCUUCAAGCAUCUUCAGCGGUUGAAGAACAUGCUUUGGGCUUACGGAGCGACGAUUGUCGAAAUUGUGCGGCGGCGUGAGUUCGCAGAUUACUUCCUGGACAAGUCGCAAGCGUUGGCGGAGCUCAUGUCCAAGCUCGGAUUGAAAGACAAGGAUCUCCGCGCCACGUACAAGUCAGACGUGCAAGGUCUCCUCCCCUUUGAAGUGCGCAGCAUGAACAGCCAACCGCCGAGUCUGGACAUCACAACCAGCGGCACCUCAAGGUCUGAGCUCUCUGUCUUACUCGACCGCAAAGACAUCGACACGAUUCUACAUUUGCUUGACAGUAUCGAACAGCAGUUAACAGAGUCAGACAGCAGGGUCCAGGACCGACCCGGGAUAGCGUCUGCACUUGCUCGAAAAGGAAAGAGAAAGAGCAACACAGGGGACGUGAAGAAAGCGCUCCAAAGCCUGGUCGACGAGCUGGAUUCAAUUGAUGAUGCAUUCGAACAUAUGGUCGAGCAGCAUUUGCUCAAGGGUUUAAACUGGGUGAUCGACAGUGAAGAGGAGCAGACGGACAAUUCUGAGCAGCUCGACACACGGAAAGGGAGGCUGAGGGCCUCGGGAGCGGCAGUGCGGCAGAAGUUUGACUCUAUGCGCAAGGAACAUGUCGCGGCUCUGAACAAUUUACGGGAAGCGCAUCGGGCUGAGCUCCAGGAAAUCGAUCGGGCAAAACAGGACGUAAACGAGCAACUCAUCCAAGAGCGUCGCCAGCUUUCGCUCAAAAGAGCGGAGCUUGAGCAAGCCCAGGCGGAAGUCCACAAUCUCAAGGCUGACGGUGACACAGCAGAGGCGCGACGUCUCAACCUCGUCGAUGAGGUAACAAACCUACGAAAAGAGCUGGAAGAGCAUCGUAGAGCCGAGCUAGAUGCUCGGCAACAGGCUGAGGAGGAUGCGGACAGAAUUCAUGAGCUCGAAAGCCACCUUGUUGAUGUGCAGGCGGAGCUCGAGGAUGCCCGUGCUGCGCAGCAUGAUGCGACAAGCCGGAUUGAAGGACUCUUGAGUCAAGGGAGCUCUGCAGAGAAGGAGAUUCACAAGGCACAGGAAAGGAUCAGCGAGCUCAAUGAUCAGCUUGCACAAGCUCGGCAUGAGUGUCAUCAGGCCAGAGACGCGCUCUUGGAAGCCGAAGCUUCUCGAGACAAGCUCAUAAGAACGCAGCGUGCCGAAGCUGAUGGAGAUCGCGCCAUUCUGGAAGAGAAGCUGAAGGAUAUGGAAGCUCAUCUCCAAGAAGCCAAGGAGGCACUGGACAGUAGUUCGAGGGAAGUUCACCUGCUUCGUCAAGAGCUGGAGGUCAAGCAAGAGGCAAUGGAUGUUGUCCGGGGUCAGCUUGACUCUGCCGAUGACAGCCAUGAGAAGAUGAUCAAAGAAACAGAAGCGGCCAAGGAACUUGCAGCGGAGGCGGAGUCGGCACGAGUUGCUCUGCAGCGGAUCAACGGCGACCUCAUUGCUCAAGCCCGAGGGUGGACGAUACAAAUGCUACACGUACGGGAGACUGUCAGAAGCAUGCCUGCCUUGUCGUCGAGAUCGGCAGCUUUGGCCGAAGAGAAGCUGGCAACCAUGCAAACUCGUCUUACCUCUUCGGAGGAACUCGAGAGGCAAGAAGCUUUGGACGCGUUCCAGGUCGAAGAUGCAGACCAAUCAUCUGGUGAGGAUCUCCUCAAGGUCUUACGACUCGUCAGUCCCAAGGAUAUCCAUGACGAAGCGAAGACGAAGCUGGAAUCUCUUGUGAAGCUAGUCAAGAAAUGGGCCAAAGCUUAUAAGACUUUGAAGGACAAUUAUGACCGUCUCAAGGGCGAACGCAUCGCUUUCGCCAACUUUCAAAUCGGAGACCUUGCUUUGUUCCUGCCAACGAGAGAUUCGAGUGAGACAAAGACUUGGGCGGCAUUCAAUAUAGGCUUCCCCCACUUUUUCAUGCACAUCGACGGCGCCUUGGCUGAACAGGUCAAAACGAAGCAAUGGCUAGUGGGGAAGAUCAUGAACAUCAAGGGUCAGGUGGUGAAUGCUGCGGAUGAGACGACGAAUCCGUACAAGCUCACACCUGGUGUCAAAUUCUACAUGUUGGACGUUCAAGAGUACAUUGGCUCUCCUGAAGUUGCAAACAUCAGGUCGCGUCAAGGUUCGGAGGUAGUCUCGAGCCGUGGCAAUUCGAAAGAACGGCCACCAACGUCGGCACGCUCAGUAUCCAUGCCCCAAGCUACGUCGAAGAACGCUGUCCUUGGUGCAGAACCAUCAGCUUCCGCGGUACCAACUGAAACACUCGACGGUAGCCCUUUGGAUGAGUUGAACAUGUCUCCCGAGCACCGCCCCGGCCCUGGCAGUCCUUUCGUACUGCAGCAACGGAAAUCUGGAUUGGCAAGGACUUUGCAAGCCAACUCCCGCACCACAACUCCUGCGCUGACGAAGUCAAUGAAGAAGGGCGGAGUCGAAGGACUGAAUCGCCCGUUAGAGAUCAAUGCGGUACCUGCGUUCGACCGGCCACGAACAUCCCAUGCAGCUCCGGAUGCAAAUGGCGUAGAUGAUAUCGCACAGCAAAAGAUCCGCAAUGCAAUAGCUUCUGAAGGCAUCGGCAACCCCUUUUCCUCGAGUCCGCCGACUUCAACGAUUCAAGGCCCAGAUCUCAUCCGCAGCGGCUCAGCGCGGCUGAAUCUGGCCCCUGGCUUGGGAACUGCCUCUCGACGGUUUGGCUCCUCCGCUUCCUGGAGAGAGCGUUCAAGUCCAGAGUCAAGGUCACCGCCCACUGCAGCGUUUAGCAUACCGAGAGGCGCUCAGCCACUUGCGGACCUCGUCGCUGCAACGGGCUCAUCGUACGGCAGCCCUCGUAGCGCUGGAUCCCUUGAUGCCACAACCUCAGAAGCGCAAUCAAAGCUACAAGGCGCUUCAUCAACCAUGACCAUUGGAAGAUCGUACAUGUCCAAGAGCUCGCUUGCACCAUCGGCUAGCCGAAAUUCAUUUGCAGCUCAGACGAUCGGUAGGAUGACUGGCCGAAGAACAGGCUCAUCGGCGUCCGGAACUUCCGUGUCCAGGAAGGAGGGCUUCACAGUCGGAAGCUAUGACUCUCAACCGUCGGCAAGUGACCUUCUCCGGCGCUUCGCAUAGCACUCUCCUACCUUCCAUCUUAGCAUGCAGAUCAAUAUGAGACACAUGCAGUAGCAUAGCAGACGCUCAGAAUUACACCUGACAUGAGCAACACCGGUUGGUAUGGCCGGCUUGCAUUGCAGGAUUGAUUCGGUAUUCAAGCCAGAUUCUUAGCUCGGCUUCUGCAUGUAGAAAGACUUCCAGUUCAACAUUGCGGAAGUUGUGGCCCAUGUAGAUACUGCUUCCAUUGGUACUGAUGAG